AUGCCCGUCAUUCAUAUUGUUCUCGUCAAGCUCAAGCAGGCCGUGCUCUCCAACGGCUUUGAAGAACUCAAGCAGAAAUGCGAAACCCUCGAGGAUCUGCCCAUUGCCAAAUCAAAGGCUCUCCGGAUCAAAUGGGGGCCUCCUGCCUAUCCUGGCCGCAACGAGGGCUACAACUGGGGUCUCUACUCAGUCUUUGCCUCUCGAGAAGAUUACGAGGCAUAUCGUGACGACGAAGAGCACCGAAACUUCGCAAAGACGGUCCUUCUUCCCAACACCGACAGUCUGCUUGCCUACGACUUUGAUAUCUAG